GGCGGGCUGCGCGCCUUUCAGGUGAUCCUCACCCCUCGUAGAGUUCAAGAAAUGUUUGCUGAACGAAUGAGUAUGUUCUCACGGAGACGUGGGGCGAGCUAAAUGAGAUCAUGCUUGUGUCGAGCCUGGCCACAAUCGGCGCUCGAGAGAAUUACUACUCGCCCUACUAUACCACGCUUUGUGUUUACGUAAACCGAGUUCCCUGCGGGAAGGGGAUGUCUGACUCGAGCUCCCCAAGGUGCCGGGUCACAUUGCAUGAGUAGAAUGACGAAAGGCUACAAUUUUUAACAAGCUAGGGGCGGGGAAGAAUAUCCAGAAUGGAUCUGGCACCUUCGCAGAGACCACAAGUCUCAUCAUCCCGCAAGAAUGUCAUCUUGUGCCUGUACAAAUGAAGGCCUACUAUACUUGCAGAUCCAGUCUGCGGUCCAUAGGACCCCACCCCCAGCGCUUCAACAAGUCAGGUUCGCGGCGGCCGCGCCCCAAGCCGGCUCCAAACUGCUGAGCCUCCUGGCGCGGCCGGCGCCUAGGAGAGGCGCAUGCGCACUCUCCUCUCCCCGCCCUCCCUCCGUUGGUCCUACGCGUUUUGAGUACUGGGUCCUUUUUGUCCCCUACUGCGUGCGGUGUCAGUUUCCGUGCGGAAGUGGUGGUGCCGAGAGAAGAUGGCGACCCCUGUGGUGGUGCCGCCUGGUGCGAUGCCCAGUCGGGCCAACAAGCGCAGUGUCUGCGGGCCGGGAGGCGGCGGCGGCGGCGGGGGGGGAGCCCGAGCGGCGGAGGAGGAACCGCCGCCGCCCCUACAAGCCGUUCUGGUGGCGGAUAGCUUCAACCGCCGCUUCUUCCCCAUCUCCAAGGACCAGCCUCGGGCCCUCUUGCCGCUGGCCAACGUGGCAUUAAUUGACUACACUUUGGAAUUUCUGACUGCCACAGGCGUACAGGAAACCUUUGUGUUUUGUUGUUGGAAAGCUGCUCAAAUCAAGGAACAUUUACUGAAAUCCAAGUGGUGCCGCCCUACAUCUCUCAAUGUGGUUCGAAUAAUUACAUCAGAUCUAUAUCGAUCACUGGGGGAUGUUCUCCGUGAUGUUGAUGCCAAGGCCUUGGUGCGCUCCGACUUCCUUCUGGUAUAUGGGGACGUCAUCUCAAACAUCAAUAUUACCAGAGCCCUGGAGGAACACAGGUUGAGGCGAAAGCUAGAAAAAAAUGUGUCUGUGAUGACAAUGAUCUUCAAGGAAUCAUCCCCCAGUCACCCAACUCGUUGCCAUGAGGACAAUGUGGUAGUGGCUAUGGAUAGUGCCACAAACCGAGUUCUCCAUUUUCAGAAGACCCAAGGCCUUCGACGUUUUUCUUUUCCUCUGAGUUUGUUCCGGGGAAGUGGAGAUGGAGUGGAGAUUCGCUAUGAUUUACUGGAUUGUCAUAUCAGCAUCUGCUCUCCUCAGGUGGCUCAACUCUUUACAGACAACUUUGACUACCAAACUCGGGACGACUUUGUGCGAGGCCUAUUAGUGAAUGAGGAGAUUCUAGGGAACCAGAUCCACAUGCAUGUGACAACUAGGGAAUAUGGUGCCCGAGUCUCCAACCUACACAUGUAUGCAGCUGUCUGCGCUGAUGUCAUCCGCCGAUGGGUCUACCCUCUCACCCCAGAGGCAAACUUCACUGACAACACAACUCAGAACUGCACUCAUUCCCGGCACAACAUCUACCGAGGGCCUGAGGUCAGCCUGGGCCAUGGCAGCAUCCUGGAGGAAAAUGUGCUCCUGGGCUCUGGCACUGUCAUUGGCAGCAAUUGCUCCAUCACCAAUAGUGUCAUUGGCCCUGGCUGUCACAUUGGUGAUAACGUGGUGCUGGACCAGGCCUACCUGUGGCAGGGUGUUCGAGUGGCUGCUGGAGCACAGAUCCAUCAGUCUCUGCUUUGUGACAAUGCUGAGGUCAAGGAACAAGUUACACUGAAGCCACACUGUGUCCUCACUUCCCAGGUGGUAGUGGGUCCAAACAUCACACUGCCUGAGGGCUCGGUGAUCUCUUUGCAUCCUCCAGAUGCAGAGGAAGAUGAGGACGAUAGCCAGUUCAGUGAUGAUUCUGGGGCUGAUCAAGAAAAGGAGAAAGUGAAGCUGAAAGGUUACAAUCCAGCAGAAGUCGGAGUUGCAGGCCAGGGCUACCUCUGGAAAGCUGCAGACAUGAACAUGGAAGAAGAGGAAGAACUACGGCAGAAUCUGUGGGGACUCACGAUCAACAUAGAAGAAGAAAGUGAAACAGAAAGUGAGCGAAGUAUGGAUUCUGAGGAGCUAGAUAGCCGGGCAGGCUCCCCACAGAUGGAUGACAUCAAAGUGUUCCAGAAUGAAGUCCUGGGAACACUACAGCGGGGCAAGGAGGAGAACAUUUCUUGUGAUAACCUAGUCCUAGAGAUCAACUCUCUCAAGUACGCCUACAACAUAAGCCUAAAGGAGGUGAUGGAGGUACUGAGCCACGUGGUCCUGGAAUUCCCCCUGCAACAAAUGGAUUCCCCGCUGGAUCCAAACCGCUACUGUGCCCUGCUGCUUCCCCUGCUCAAGGCCUGGAGCCCUGUUUUUAGGAACUACAUAAAGCGUGCAGCUGAUCAUUUGGAAGUGCUGGCAGCCAUAGAGGACUUCUUCCUGGAGCAUGAAGCUCUUGGUACUUCCAUGGCCAAGGUAUUGAUGGCUUUCUACCAGUUGGAGAUCCUAGCUGAGGAAACAAUCCUAAGCUGGUACAGCCAAAAGGAUACAACUGACAAGGGCCGACAGUUGCGCAAGAACCAACAGCUGCAGAGGUUCAUCCAGUGGUUAAAAGAAGCAGAAGAGGAGUCAUCUGAAGAUGACUGAAGUCCUACUGCCUGCUCCUGUGGGUGUGAGUGAAGGCCCUCCUGGCUUCUGGGCCAGGGCAAGUGAGAGGCUAGUUGCAGAAUAUGAGUGACCACCAUCCUGGCUGAGACUUAAAGGAGCAGAGGCUGGAACUACAGUAUUCUUCUCGCCGCCAGCAACCAUGUGCCUCACAUCCUGACUGGGGAGUUGGGAUAAGGGAAGUUGGGCUGGAAAAAAGCUCUGCCUAAUGAGGAGCUAAGCCGGCCCUGCAGUUAGAGGAAGGCCAGAGGCACAGCUUUGUGUUUUGGCUUUCCCUCGGGAAGCAGCAGAGAGCAGCUGGCCUUUUCUGCUGCUUGUAUUUGUUAAUAUUAAAAAAAGAGAGAGUGGGUGUGUUUGGUUUCUGUCCAACUCUGACUGAUCAGCUGUUGAAAUUGGUGACCAAAGAGUUCUGAACCUCUGACAAGACAGCCUUAACACCUGGGGGAGCAGGAGAAGAGGAGUGUUAUGGCCACUAGGUGGUAGUGUGGUGCCUUGCUAAUUGACUAUUGCCAGGGCUCCUGGAUAUUGGAGGAGUUCAUCUCUGCAGACCUAUUUGUGAUCCUGGAGUGGUGUGCCCGAGCCUGUUUCCAGAGAGUGCCCCAGUCUGAGCACUUUCCUGCCAGAGAGUGAUGAUGCCAAACAUGUAUAAAGUCCAUUAACCACCUGCCAGUCCCUCAUGCUUUGUCCAGUUGAUCCAGUACUACUAUCAGGGGAACUGGGCUACUCUUCAUCUUAAAGAUAAGGAAAUUUGCUCAAGAUCUCAUUACUUUUUUUUUUUUAAUCGAUUUCAGAGAGGAAGGGAGAGGGAAAGAGAGAUAGAAAUAUCAAUGAUGAGAGAGAAUCAUUGAUCGGCCGCCUCCUGCAUACCCCCUACUGGGGAUCGAGCCCACAACCUCAGCAUGUACCCUGCAUCAGAAUUGAACCCGGGACCCUUCAGUCCACAGGCCAAUGCUCUGUCCACUGAGCCAAACCAGCUAGGGCAAGGUCUCAUCAUUCUCGGGGUAAAGCUAAGGAGUUGAGUCUCAUAAGCCAGAGUUUUUUUUGCUUCAGCAGAUUUAGUGCCUAGGUGAAGGGAAGUUGCCCACAGAGGCUUAUAUAACCCAAGCCAGCAAUGGAUAUCUUAAAAACAAUAAAAUCCUGCAAAGUAGGUUUUCCCCUGAUGUUGAGAGUUUACUGUAUAAUAGGCAUUUUGCUAAAAACUUUUCAUGUGUUAGUUAACUCACAUCAGCCCUAUGAUGUAGCCUUAUCCCCAUUUUCAGAUGAGCCUGGCGUUCAGAGAGGUCCUGUAACUGGGAAUUGAUAGGGCCAGGCUUUGUUACAGGACUCUGCAGCUGGAGUUUGUCACUGCUGUAUUGUCUCCUUUAACCUCAAUCAUAUGGUCUUCUAUCUCAUCAUUUUGAGCUCUUGUUGUCUUCAUAAUAACCUAUACUCUAUUGACACUUAAAUUGUGGCAAAUGGUACUGGUAACAAUGGCCCUCCUGGAAAUCACAGAUAAAAUGGUUGCCUCCCUUCAUUUCAGUUGGAUGGAAUGGAGUUAGCUGAAGAGGAGGAUCGUGAACUAUGCUCAAGGUGUGAAAGGACAUUACUAAGUAUUUUUAAAGAGGAAAAACAGGCUGGCCAGGAUUUGGCGUUAUUUACUUUCCUUAGUCAAUCUCAGUUUCUGCUUUGCCAGUUAUAGGAUCUAAUGCCUGGAUAGCAUCUGAAGGUCAUGUCAUGGACCCAAUAAAGUCAGUUAAAUACAAA